GUGAGCUUGAUAUUGUAGGCAAAAAACGAGUCAGUAGUUAUUGAGAGCUAAUAAUGGGCAUACACUGUCAAAUAAAUUUGUUCAAGCCACCAGAUGGCGCGUUCUCAACGGGAAGCACAGUGUCUGGUGUGAUAAAAUACGGUGUCGAUGAAGUAACUGUUUUUGACAAGAUUGUAGUCUCGUUAAAAGGGCAAGGCGUUUUGAUAGUUCACGAUGAACACAGAAGAAGAGACAAACGUCAUGAAACUUUCAGGCAUACUGAAACUUAUGUCGAUAUUGACAACAUUACUAACAAUGAAAAGAAAUCAUCCCACGAAAUUGGUAUGUACGAAACAAGAUUUGAUUUUAAACUUCCCGAUAAUAUACCAUCAUCCUUGCAUUACUAUGGAAGAAAUACGAGGUACAGAAUAAAGUGUAAUAUAAUAUACUACAUUAGGAUUAAAUUUGAAAGACCUGGGUUUUUACAAUUUGCCAAAAGAUUCAAAAAAGAAUUAACUGUGGUGUCAGCAAUCAAGCCUACGUUAUUGACCGAACCCGUGAUAUAUGGAGAACAAAAGAAACUAUUUCAAUUAUUUUCAAAAAGAAAUAACGUCGUAAAAAUCAAAGCUACUAUUAGAAAUUCAGUAAUAUCGCCUGGUGGUCAAAUUGACCUCGAAUACGAAGUGUCAAAUGAUACGAAUCUGACAAUAAAUGGAGUAGAAACAAAAUUAGUUGAAAUAUAUACUUUUAAAACCUACGGUGGGAGAGAAAUUAAAAUGAUCAAUGAUAUUGAUAGCACAGAUUCAAAAACAGGUUCUAUUAAAAGUGAUGAGAAGCAAAACUUUGACCUCCUCAUGAAUGUGCCUUCUGACAAAACUUCAUUGGGAUUCUCUAAUAUUGUAGCCAGAAAUUAUUUCGUUCGAAUUACAACAGAAUUACCGUUUCCUCAUAUUAAUGCUGUACUUGAAAUACCCGUGGAAAUUAGUGAUGUUAUUCAAGAAAAUCAUGAUCCUCUUCAAGGUACUGAGAUUGGACAAGGACCUCCUGAUUACAAUGAUCCCCCUCCAUCUUACUGGGUAGUGAUGGGUGAAGAAUCGAAAGAUGACGAAUUUGAAAGUGAAAAGGAAAUUGAAAAGUUAUAGUUUUUAAAAUAAAUAAUAGAUACUGGACAAAACUGUAUAAAAACUGUGUAGUAGGCAACAUUGAAAUUUAAAUUAUGAACAACAGUCAAGUGUUUAUCAAAAUAAUCAUUUUUUUAUCAGUUAGUAACAUCAAAAUUAAUUAAUGCAGAUACACAUAUUCCAAUGUAGAGUGCAUACAUUGCAACGUUACUGACUUUCUCAGGCGCACAAACCUUUGUUAAUCAAAUAUAAAAUAUUUUUGGAAUUAGAUUUCUCAUUACAAUUACAAUCUAUUUUAUUUGAAUUACAGGGCUUUCCCUGUAUUAUUUUGUAGGUGGCGUUAAAUUUGUUCGGGUAAAAGCUAGCAAGCAUGGACUGCCAUGCAAAUUUAGCGCCAUCAACAAAAAAAAAAGGUUUGCCCGCGCGAAUUUAGCGCUACCUACACACAUACACUUACGACUUUGAAUUAUAUUUACACGAAAUUUAGUUCAUUAUUAGUUCAGUAGAUAACGCGUGUGUUUUCCAAAAAAAAACAGACAAAUAAACUUACUUUCUUAUUUAUUAUAUUAGUUAGGUUAAGGAUAAGCUAAGAUUACAGCGGGAACAAAGGAAUUAGUUGAGGAUGAAGAUAACGGUGGAAUUAUCAAAUUUAUUCAAAUUACCAUAAUUAAAUGAUUAUUCCCUUUAUCUUUAUCCUCUAUCUUCUGCCAGGAGCUGUUGCUCCUAUAUAUAUAUAAAGGCUGUUUAUUGUUAUAAACAAAAAUAAUUAUACUACAAUACAAUUUAUUACCAAUGA